CAUUUUGCUUGUCCUCUUCCAUGCAUGCGCCGCACCAACCCUGGCGCUCCACCCUGGCCUGCGCGCCUGCCGCGGCGUCGUAUCGUAUACAUAUCGCCCGCCUCGCCUCCUCCCGCUGGUCUCACUGGCCUCCGGGGCGUCGGCAUCGGCAGCGUCUUGUCCCCUCCUCCUGUUUGUCUCCUCCUGUGGUCUCCUGAUCCCCGGCCUACCUCUCCCUGAUCUCCGACGGAGUGGGUUGGUUGGCGCGCGGGCAUGGGGAACGCGCCGUCGUGCAUACCGCUGGCGCCCGCGGGCCGCGGCGGUGGCUGCGCGUCGUCGUCGGCUGCGGCGACCAAGGUGAUCCACGCGGACGGCACGGUGACGCGGCUGGCGCGCCCGGUGCGCGCGUCGGAGCUCAUGCUCGACCACCCGGGCCAGUUCGUCUGCGACUCCGGCCGCCUCGCCGUCGGCUGCCGCGUCCCCGGCGUGGGCGCCGACGAGAUCCUCCGGCCGCGCCACGCCUACUUCCUCCUGCCCAUGGACAUGCUCUACUCCGUGCUCACAGACGAGGAGAUGGCCGCGCUCUCCGGGUGCCACGUCGCCACGGCCGCCGCCUCGGCCUGGAAGAGGAUCACCUUCACCGCCGCCGCCCACCGGGGCGCCCGCGACCGGCGGAGCGCGGCCGCGGGCCCGGCGAAGGACGGAUGCGGCAGCGAUGGCGCCAGGGUCUACCCGAUGCUCGGCCUGCUCGAGUCCGGCGAUCUCGGCGCGGAUAAUAAUAAACCGGAAUCACGCGCCGGCGCCGGAGCCAGCAAGUCGGGCGGCGGCGGCGGCGCCGGGCUGAGGCGGCACCGGUCGUGGCAGCCGAUACUGGACACCAUCGAGGAGGUCCCGUGACGCGGCGGGCGGCGGGUUGACCGGCCGGCCGGGCGCCGCAGGAGUGAGCAGCUUUGGUUUCGCUGGUGUUAGGCGGGCGGCAGCUAGCUUGAGCUGGCGCCCGAGUGUACAGUAGCUAGCUUCCAGCUAUUCUUCUUCUCUUUGCCUUUUCCAUUUUUGUAAAGCCAUUUUUUUGUCUACACACACGCACCACUGGCAAAUUGAUUCUCAA